UUUCACCGCUCUUUUAUGUACCAUAUAGAGGCGUAUAUAAAAUAAAUAAAGUACGUUUCUGUGAGUAACGGUUCGCACUGAUACACACACGUCGAUCGUUUCUCUCCGAGAAACGAAAGCUUCUGUGAAUAUAGUGUUUGAUAGGUUUCAGAACUAUAAUAAAACGACUGUAAAGUUAAUGAUAAUAACUUUAGAAGAAAAAGAAUCAGAAUUGAAAAACAUUGUUGAAUAAUAUAAAAGUAAAAUUUUAUGAAAAUAUCGUUAAGAAAUGGUUAGCCAAUUCGCGAUGGCUACAACGGUUCGUAAAGUGAAGCAGGAGAAUCGGAUGAGAAGACAAAAUCAGUCUCAAGAUGAAGAGGGACCGUACAAGCCGGUUCCACCACCAAAGCCGGUGCCGAACAAUCAGAAGCCUCACACUCACCAUCAGCACCAAGCCAAUAAUCAAACGGAGCUGAAUCAGACUCUCCAGUCUGCUCAAGGAUCUCAGGUCCAAAACCAAAACGGCUCACAGGAGGUGCAGGGACAAAUCACAGGGCAGCCUCCCGCUCCCGAGUACAGAAUGCCUCCACUCUAUGGAGACGAGCAGAGUCAAGGUCAGACGCACCACGGAACUAAUCUGCAAACACACAGUAGCAAAUUUCCCAUCGAGAGGGAAGUCAUACUGUCGUCGGGUGACAAGAAUUCGAAAAUUCCUAUUCUCCAUGAGUACAAGAAGAGGCCAACCGGCAGGGUAGCCAUCGCACCGGAUGCACCGGUCAAGCAGCAGGCCUGGACUCAGGAGGAAACGCAAAUGCAAGAGCUGAGACAGGACUACCAAACGAAAAAUUACCAAGCCCAGGACACUUAUUCGUCAUCAACCGGCGGUGCAAUAGCUAAGUCGGCAAAACCGGAGGACGACAAGUCAAAGUCCUUAUCAAGGACCUACCACACGAUAAAGGACAUGAUCUCAAGCCGCUUCGGGCCUAGCAGAAAGGAGACAGAACCCGAGCCAGAAGCGAGUCUGAACAACGUUGCCGAGGAGCUUCAUAAAUCGAGUAGAAGCAUAAACGACCAGGAGGUGGAGACGAAGAAGAAAGAAGCGAUAUACGGAAAACCGAGCCGGACGGCUCAGGAACCGGCGGCGAACAUGCAGCAACAGUACCCGAAAAAUGCUUACGGCCAGUACGGCCACGCGUAUGGCUACCAGGCAGGGCAGAGCAUCGGCCAAAACGUGCAGAGCAUCCAGAACGUGUCGCUGCCCGGUCAAUUGCAGCCCACCACCCCGAUCCAGCCCAGUCUGCCGGGUCAAAGCGCCCAGUUGCACGUGAGUCACCAUAUACCAGGUGGCGGAGUCCAGACCGUCCAUCAGACGCAGAUCGGCGGGUUCACGCAACCCCAAACCGGGCCUUCUCAGGCCCAAGGAAUGGCCCGAGAGUUCCAGAUACCCGGGACCAGCGGUAUGCACCAUGCCCAGAUGCAGCCGCAGGCCAAUGUCAAUUCCUCGAAACACGGCCAAGGCAUGAUGCAGCUCCAGUCACCGAACCAGCCGUACCAGAGCCCGCAACAGUUGGUUCACCAGAACCAACUCCUCCAAAGUCCGGCUGCACACUUCGCGCAACAGCACGCGCAGAAUAUGCACCAACGACAGCUCAUCCAGCAGAUGCAUCAGCAGCAGAUAGCCAGUCAACAGAACAGCAAUUCAACCCCGUUGCGAAGUAGCCAGCAGCCCCAAUUCCAAAGCCCCUAUCAGCAGCAGCAGUACCAGGUCAGGCAGCCCAUUUCCAGGUCGCAGAUCGAUCUGCCAAGUACCUCAAGACAGGUCUCGGACAAUAGGACCACUCCCAAUCAGGACAUGUAUUACCACUAUCAGGGCAGACCUCGGUACGGGGUUCCGCAGGUGUACAUAAAGUCGGAGAACAGUAACCAGGACGCAGAGUUCCAGAGGAGGAGUUCGGCCAGGCGGAUCGAGAAGGCGGCUUCGCAGCCGCAGCUGAGUUUCGAGGACGAGCGUAGCGCUGGGGAGAUGUCGAGGAAUCCGAGCGUGGACAUCAUGGAUAAGGAGAAGUACGAGAUCACCGUCGAGGAACGACAGAGUCAAGGUCAGGGCGAGUUCGGUAGGAAUGGAUCGCAACGGAAGGACGAGUACAAUAGACCUGAGACGAGUUUCGGGGUGCGAAGAGAGGAGGUGCGGAAUUCCAUUCGAGAAACGGACUACGGGGAGGCCAAGGAGACCAAGGAAGGUUCCAUGAUGCCGAAGAGGGUGGAGGAGCUUCAGAAACGUUCGGAAAUUGAAGACUACAGUCCGAAUUCAAGGAAGAAAAUCAAUGAGAGUGAGACCUGUAAGAAUCCCCAGCAGACGAAGCGGGUUUCCGGCGACGCUUACCAUAUGAACGAGACUUCGAAACGCCUCGAAGACUCGGCGCGGAAAUCGGACGUCGAGCAGUACUCGGCUCAGGAGUUGACCGCCAAGUCUGAUGGGCGAAAGGACGAGCAGCUCGAACUGGGAAUGAACCGGCUCAAGAUCCACAAUCAAGGAUCUGGAUCGGACUACGACAAGGCUGGUCAAAGUUCGUCGAACGUUGAUUCAGGGAGAGGAUCGGCCGUGUAUUCCAGCGGGAGACGACCACCGCCGGAAGACCAGAUCCUCGUCCAAGGGCAAGACUCCGAGUGGGUCGACAUCGUGGAAUCGGAACUAAGGAGCAUCUUGGAACCAAGGGAUGUUCCGGCGAUGGCGCAUUCGACCCUUUCGGAGAGCGUAUCGUCUGUUACACCUCCGUUGCCACCCCUCUCACCUCAUGGGAGCCCACGGACCCCGAGAAAUCGAUACACCGCCAGUUUGCCUUACGGAUCGAAACCGAAUUACAGCGAGUACUCGAAGAGCAGUGAGAAAAGGAACUUCGCCAGCGGUUCGAAGCAUCGCGGUGUGUCGACGUCGAAGAAAGAUGCCGCAAAAAAAUUCUCCCAUCUUUUCGGAAUAGAAGCUGCUGAUCUGACCUCCACCACAACUGGCCUCGACCUCGAGUCCAUGCUGGAUCGAAGUGAUUCUGACCUGAGUACAAACGACGCGAGGACCAUCAGGAAGCAGCUAGAAGGGCUUGAGAACAUGUACAGUGAGGUUUUAAAGCUGCUCGGGGGAAGUGUGAAGAAAAAGAGAAAAGCGCGCGGACUUGCCAGCUAUGGAUCAGUGUCCUCCUUGCCAUCCUCGUCGGUCUCCUCGCGGCCGGUAACGAGACAUCACGACAAACGACGCUCACACAUCGUUGACGAUAGGAUGAAAAAAGCCAAAGACGUCAAGAGCAUCAACAAAAGAUUUCAGAGGCUGGAAUCGCACGUCGUGACGUUGGCACGAUCUGUGGCUCAUCUUAGCUCGGAAAUGAGGACUCAACACUUAAUGAUUCAGGAGAUGGAAAAUAUACGGGGUGAAAUAUCGGCACUAAGGACACAGACCAGCAUGGCCAUGGUGAGAUCUCAAUCCCAACCUCUGAUAAAGGACUCGGACCUCCCCGCGCUCUCGAAUCCAUCGCGUGUUAAAAAGCUGACUAAGUUCUUCGGGACCGAACCACCGCUGAUAAGACUGUUUCUCAGAGAGCUGGGAUACGAGAAAUACGCGAAUGCCUUCGAAAAAGAGAAGGUUGGCAUGGUGGAGCUACCCUACUUGAGCGAGGAGCGAUUACAGAAAAUGGGUGUGCCCCUCGGCCCGCGGCUGAGGAUUCUGCAAGAGGCUAGAAUAUCAGUUUGCAAAGACCCGGUGUACGUGGUUUGACUUUCUCCCGAGGGCCGCCGCCUCGAAAGGAGAAAACAAAAGUCGAGU